AUGUCUGUAAGAUCAAGACCUGUCUCAGUGCGGUCAUCACAGUCUGCAGCAUCAUCAUUGGAUUUAAAUGCUGCACAAGCUAGAGCUGAUUUGGCGGUGGCUAAAGCUAGGGCAGAAUUUAACAGAAGGAAAGCUGAAGAUAACAGAGCUAGGAUUGAAGCAGUAGUAGAAAUGGACAGGCUGCAGAUAGAGGAAGCGGUGGCUGCUGCCCAAAUACGAGCAGAUACAUUGGAAACGGAGUUGCAGCUGCUACAAAGUGAUAAUGAAUGCAGUGUACUAUCUGAGCUUCUAGUAGACGAACCAGACCAGAGAGUAGUAGAGUUUAGAAAUGAGGAGCCUGUUUUAAAUGUAGUCCAGGAAGAUACUGACACAAAACCUCCCGUUAUAUCACAACCAAGCCAUCCAAGCCAUAGUGAAAGUGCGUCCCAUUUAUUAACCGCAAAUGGUCUCAGUAUGAACAUGCCGAAACCUGAAAUUUCAACAUUUGAUGGAAACCAUCUUGAAUAUUGGAACUUCAUUAACGCGUUUGAAGUCAAUGUAGCAAACAAAGCCAUUGAUGAUAGAUCAAGAUUAACCUAUCUUAUACAAUUUUGCGUUGGGAAAGCAAGGAACAGUAUUGCCAAUUGCGUGCUGUUAGGAGGUUCAGAGGGUUAUGCUGAAGCCAAGCGUAUCUUAAAAGAGGAAUUCGGUCAGGCACAUGUCAUUGCAAAAGCUCAUCUGAGCAAGGUGUUGAAUCGUCCUCAAGUUAGGUCAAAUGAUGGUAAGGGACUAUGGGACCUAGCUAGAGACAUGCGCAGGUGCCAGACAGUUCUUUCCCAGAUGUGCUAUUCAGCUGAUAUGAAUAGCUCAGAAACUAUCUUAAGAAUUCAGCAGCUUUUACCAAUCCACCUGCAAACGAAGUGGGCAAAGAAAGCCUAUGCAAUGAUGGAGAAAUUAACCACACUCGACUUUAAGUGUAUGUCAUCAUUCGUCGAGGAGGCGGCCAAGUUAGCUAACAACAUGUAUGGCCAAAAUAUUGGAGGUUCGUAUCCCAAGAAUACACCUAAGUGGAAACCAAACAGCAAAGGGAUAACAAGCCUUACUACAACCACGAGGCGUCCGGAACUGCCAGAUGUGUACACCUUAGAAGUGAUACCUGCAAGUAAAAACGAUAUAAUGAAGCCAAAUUACCUGCGUAAUUGGCCAUAUCUGGAUAGAGUUAAGUUGAAACACAUUGAUGCUGAAAUAGGUCUUCUCAUUGGAAGCAACGUACCAAAGGCAUUAGAGCCGCUUGAAGUGAUUAACAGUGUCGGAAAAGGUCCGUAUGCCGUUAAGUCAAUAUUAGGUUGGUCCGUGCAUGGAAUCACAUAA